AAUGUAAACUAAAAGAUAAAAAAAUAAACAUAACACACAUUGUAAAUUACAAACCCUAAUUACAUUUUCACCUCAAUUCUCAACCUCACAGCCUCCAGGCACCCUCUAAGUCUAACCUCUAAAAGACUCGACCCUCUGCAAACCCUCAGUCGCCGGUCAUCUUUCUUCAGGCCUCCACUCUCGCAGCAGUCGCCGGUCAUCUCUCUUCUUCAAAAUCGAUAUAAAGUUCUAUGGCAGUGCGAAGAAGCUUUUCUUGUUCUUAGCAUUAGAGGUUCUUCCAUUAAAGUGCAUUAUUCAGCUCUGGUGCAACUUAUGCAGACACUAGCCGGGUUUUUAGAAGAAUGGUGAUUGCUGUGAAAAUUUUGAUAGAAUUGAACAAUUUAGAAAAAGAGGCCUAAAGUUCAGAAAUGGUAGGACUUUCAGUUGGAGAAAGGAAUUUUAUUCAGGGGGGCAUCAAUCAGAACCUUCGGUCUGAUGGUCGAAAAAGAGAUGCCUAUCGACCCAUUUUUGUUGAAACUGGAGUUAUCCCUCAGGCUAAUGGCUCAGCGCGAGUUAGGAUUGGUGCAACAGAGGUCAUUGCUAGUGUGAAGGCUGAGCUUGGAAGGCCAAAUGCAUUUCAGCCAGACAAGGGAAAAGUGGCUAUAUUUGUUGAUUGUAGUCCGGUUGCCGAACCAACCUUUGAGGCCAGAGGAGGCGAGGAGCUGUCAGCUGAACUUUCAGCAGCUCUUCAGCAUUGUCUCUUGGGUGGUAAAAGCGGAGCAGGUGCUGGAAUCGAUCUAUCAUCUCUGGUUGUUGCAGAAGGGAAAAUUUGUUGGGAUCUUUACAUUGAUGGCCUUGUCGUCAGUUUUGAUGGAAAUCUUCUAGAUGCUCUAGGUGCUGCAAUUAAGGCUGCUUUAAGCAAUACAGGCAUACCAAAAGUCCAUGUUGCUGCUGGUGGAUUGGGCGAUGAGCAGCCAGAGGUUGACAUAAGUGAUGAAGAAUUUCUUCAGUUUGACACAUCUGGCGUUCCUGUCAUAGUUACAUUAACAAAGGUGGGAAGGCAUUAUAUAGUUGAUGCUACUUCAGAAGAGGAAUCCUAUAUGAGCUCUGCUGUUUCUGUUUCUAUCAACAGGAAAGGGCACAUAUGUGGGUUGACAAAACGAGGAGGUGCUUGUAUUGAUCCUAGCGUAAUUUCUGACAUCAUAUCUGUGGCACAACAUAUAAGCGAGCAGCUAAUAAAUAAAUUGGACUCUGAAAUAGCUGCUGCUGAGGCUGGUGAAGACGAAUCAUGACAAGCAUUGGACCUCUGGUACCAUUUACUGUAGCCAUUUCCAAUAUAUAUCUUUGCUCAAUAGGCAUUAUAGCAUGAUGACUUUCUCUCUCCUGGGAUAGAAUAGAGCUAAAAUGUGUUGUACAAUAUUUUUGUGCAUUGCAGCAGCACCAUCUUUAAUUGAAUUUUUAUCAAGUUCUGAAA